AACCCUGACAUCAGGUUCGUCGCAGCUUUCCCUUGCAAUGGAUCACCAGAGAUCACCCAACUUCCUGUCUUCUGUUGUCUUCCCAGGUGUUCAAAUCCACGAACGAACCAGCGUCAUCCAUGUCCUGGACCAGAAGGGCUGCGUAACUGGAGUGGAGACAGACAGAGGGAUGAUUGAGUGCCCAUACUUCGUUAACUGUGCUGGGCAGUGGGCUUACGAGCUCGGCCUUUCCAACGAACAGCCAGUCAGCAUCCCGCUGCAUGCCUGCGAACACUUCUACCUGCUGACGCGCCCCCUGAAGACCCCGCUGGAGAGUAGCACGCCAACUAUUGUGGACCUUGAUGGGAGGAUCUACAUCCGCAGCUGGCAGGGGGGCAUCCUCUCGGGAGGCUUUGAAAAGAACCCCAAGCCUAUUUUCACAGAGGGGAAGAAUCAGCUGGAGGUCCACCGCUUGCAGGAAGACUGGGAUCACUUUG